GGUGCCUGUGAGUAAAUAGAUCAGGGUCUCCUUCACAGCACAUUCUCCAGGAAGCCGAGCAAACAUUAGUGCUAUUUUACCCAGGAGGAAAUCUAGGUGUAGAGAGCUCUACGGAUCUAAGGUUUGGAUCUGUACCCAGUGCUUUUUUAGGUGUCUUUAGACAUUUCUCAGGAAGAUGUAGUCUCUGUCACCAUGUGUGGCUGAAUUCUAGCUCAGUCCAUCUUAUUGUGUUUAAGGUAGUUGAAGUUUAGGAACCAACCAGUAUGUCUCUGAGCAGAAGAGUACAGUGUCCAUCUUGAGGACAAGCUCAUCUUUACCAUUAGAGGGCUGGCCUUGGCUUAGAUUCUACUGAGAACAUACUCUCUAAUGGCUGCCCUCAGUUUUCUCUGUUUGCUGCCUUAUUUGUGUCAUGGCCAGAAGUCAUAUGGAUGGCUCUAUGUGAGCAAGGACCCAGAUAGAAGAGUGUAUUUGGGGGAACAGGUUGCCCUAACAGAGAGUCCUGUGGGAUUCAUGCAGUCAGGAUGAAGACCUGAUCAGACAUAGUGUGCUGAGUGCCACGGCUAACCAGAGUGACUUGUCACUGUCCUUCAGGUCAACACCAUGGUUCAACUUCAAGUCUUCAUUUCAGGCCUCCUGCUGCUUCUUCCAGGCUCUGUAGAUUCUUAUGAAGUAGUGAAGGGGGUGGUGGGUCACCCUGUCACAAUUCCAUGUACUUACUCAACACGUGGAGGAAUCACAACGACAUGUUGGGGCCGGGGGCAAUGCCCAUAUUCUAGUUGUCAAAAUAUACUUAUUUGGACCAAUGGAUACCAAGUCACCUAUCGGAGCAGCGGUCGAUACAACAUAAAGGGGCGUAUUUCAGAAGGAGACGUAUCCUUGACAAUAGAGAACUCUGUUGAUAGUGAUAGUGGUCUGUAUUGUUGCCGAGUGGAGAUUCCUGGAUGGUUCAACGAUCAGAAAAUGACCUUUUCAUUGGAAGUUAAACCAGAAAUUCCCACAAGUCCUCCAACAAGACCCACAACUACAAGACCCACAACCACAAGGCCCACAACUACUUCAACAAGAUCCACACAUGUACCAACAUCAACCAGAGUCUCCACCUCUACUCCAACACCAGAACAAACACAGACUCACAAACCAGAAAUCACUACAUUUUAUGCCCAUGAGACAACUGCUGAGGUGACAGAAACUCCAUCAUAUACUCCUGCAGACUGGAAUGGCACUGUGACAUCCUCAGAGGAGGCCUGGAAUAAUCACACUGUAAGAAUCCCUUUGAGGAAGCCGCAGAGAAACCCGACUAAGGGCUUCUAUGUUGGCAUGUCCGUUGCAGCCCUGCUGCUGCUGCUGCUUGCGAGCACCGUGGUUGUCACCAGGUACAUCAUUAUAAGAAAGAAGAUGGGCUCUCUGAGCUUUGUUGCCUUCCAUGUCUCUAAGAGUAGAGCUUUGCAGAACGCAGCGAUUGUGCAUCCCCGAGCUGAAGACAACAUCUACAUUAUUGAAGAUAGAUCUCGAGGUGCAGAAUGAGUCCCAGAGGCCUUCUGUGGGGCCUUCUGCCUGGGAUUACAGAGAUCGUGACUGAUUUCACAGAGUAAAAUACCCAUUCCAGCUCCUGGGAGAUUUUCUGUGUUGGUUCUUCCAGCUGCAGUGGAGAGGGUAACCCUCUACCCUGUAUACGCAAAACUCGAGGUUAACAUCAUCCUAAUUCUUGUAUCAGCAACACCUCAGUGUCUUCACUCACUGCAGCGAUUCUCUCAAAUGUGAACAUUUUAGAAGUUUGUGUUUCCUUUUGUCCAUGUAAUCAUUGGUAAUACAAGAAUUUUAUCUUGUUUAUUAAAACCAUUAAUGAGAGGGGAAUAGGAAUUAAAAGCUGGUGGGAAGGGCCUCCUGAAUUUAGAAGCACUUCAUGAUUGUGUUUAUCUCUUUUAUUGUAAUUUGAAAUGUUACUUCUAUCCUUCCCAAGGGGCAAAAUCAUGGGAGCAUGGAGGUUUUAAUUGCCCUCAUAGAUAAGUAGAAGAAGAGAGUCUAAUGCCACCAAUAGAGGUGGUUAUGCUUUCUCACAGCUCUGGAAAUAUGAUCAUUUAUUAUGCAGUUGAUCUUAGGAUAAGGAUGGGUUUCUUAGGAGGAGAGGUUACCAUGGUGAGUGGACCAGGCACACAUCAGGGGAAGAAAACAAUGGAUCAAGGGAUUGAGUUCAUUAGAGCCAUUUCCACUCCACUUCUGUCUUGAUGCUCAGUGUUCCUAAACUCACCCACUGAGCUCUGAAUUAGGUGCAGGGAGGAGACGUGCAGAAACGAAAGAGGAAAGAAAGGAGAGAGAGCAGGACACAGGCUCUCUGCUGAGAGAAGUCCUAUUGCAGGUGUGACAGUGUUUGGGGCUACCACGGGUUUCCUUCAGACUUCUAAGUUUCUAAAUCACUAUCAUGUGAUCAUAUUUAUUUUUAAAAUUAUUUCAGAAAGACACCACAUUUUCAAUAAUAAAUCAGUUUGUCACAAUUAAUAAAAUAUUUUGUUUGCUAAGAAGUAA